AUCCAGAUAUUCCCGUAGCGGUGUCGGGAUUCAGUGUGGCAGGCAAGAAGCAGUGAAAGCAGCACAAUCUGGGAUAUAUCUGGGAAAAGGGCAGGCGGUGAAAACUGGGACCGAACCGGCAGUAAACCCCGGGGAAACUCGGCCGUCUCUCUCUGGAGCUUCCUGGCGGACUCCUCCGCUCCGUCUCCCCACUGCUGGCUGCGGUUUUUCUCCCAGAAACCUUCCUGGAUCCGCACAGGUGACUGAAUCUAUCCACUGUGAGCUGUCCUGAGCUGUUAGCAGACCAAAGAUGGAUCAGCUGUCAGAUGAGGAGGUGGAGGUCAGGGGGGAGGAGGAUGAGGAAGAGGAGGACAGUGAUAAGGAGGACCAGGACCUAGAUAAGAUGUUUGGAGCCUGGCUGGGAGAGCUGGACAAACUCACGCAGAGCCUGGAUGACGGUCGCCCCCCCCAGCAGAAAGCCCCCCUCAGACAGGAGACCAACAUGGCCAACUUCUCCUACAGAUUCUCCAUCUACAACAUUAAUGAGGCGCUGAAUCAGGGCGACAACGUGGACCUGGACGCCCUCAUGGCUGAUCUGUCCUCCAUCGAGCAGGAACUCAGCACCAUCAACAGCAAACCCGGCGGCAGCAGCAACAUGGCCCGGCUGGGCCUGACCGACACCAAGGUUCGCCAGAAGCCUCCGGCCGGGCGCAGCAGCCGGCAGCAGCCAGCAGGGGGUGGGGGCGGAGGGGGAGGUGGCAGCAGCGGAGCGAGCAGCAACAGCAGCAGCACACAGGCGUCGCCGGCCGGUACCAUCCGGGCUCCCAGUGGGCAUCAGGGAAGGCCGCCGCUGGCUUCCAACUUCACCAUGGACGACAUCACGGCCCAGCUGGAGAAGGCAUCUCUCAGCAUGGACGAAGCUGUCCGCCAGACCUCCUCCCAUUCUCUCAGCACCUCCUCCUCCUACUCAUCGGCCACGGUGCGGAGGUCCAGUUCUUCCCAGCGCCAGCAUCGGCGUACGGGAUCGGUCGGCACGGUCAGCGAACACGAGGUGCGUUCGAUCGUCCACUCCUCGCGCUCCUCCAUCACCUCAGCAUCCGGGGUCUCCGUUAACUCCGCCUCCUCCAUGGACUCGCUGGACAGCGUCCUCCGCUCGGAGUCGGACGGCCCGCAGGCUUCGGCUGCAGCCUCGGCUGACGGAGGCGCUCAGACUCAUCACAACACAGAGCACUCCUAUCUGGACAGGGAAACCUCUCUGAUUCUGAGAAACAUAGCAGGAAAACCUUCCCACCUGCUGACCAAGGAGGAGCAGGCUGCCAAGCUGAAAGCUGAGAAUAUCCGAGUGGCCUUGGAGAAGAUCAAGGAGGCCCAGGUGAAGAAGCUCGUGAUUCGUGUUCAUCUGUCAGAUGAGAGUUCAAAGACGAUGAUGGUGGACGAGAGACAGACGGUCAGACAGGUUCUGGACAGUCUCCUGGACAAAUCCCACUGUGGAUACAGUCCAGACUGGUCGCUGGUGGAAACCAUUAGCGAGCUGCAGAUGGAGCGGAUCUUUGAGGACCACGAGAACCUGGUGGAGAACCUGCUAAACUGGACCAGAGACAGCCAGAACCGCCUUAUGUUCACCGAGCGAAUAGAGAAAUAUGCAGUGUUCAAAAACCCACAGAACUAUUUAUUGGGGCGGAAGGAGACGUGUGAGAUGGCUGAAAGGAACAAAGAGGCUCUGUUAGAGGAGUGCUUCGGGGGCAGUUCGGUGUCCGUCCCUGAGAUGGAGGGGGUGCUGUGGCUGAAGGAGGACGGCAAAAAGUCCUGGAAGAAACGCUACUUCCUGCUGAGGGCGUCCGGCAUCUACUACGUCCCCAAGGGCAAGGCCAAGGCUUCCAGAGACCUGGUGUGUUUCCUCCAGUUGGAUCACGUUAACGUCUACCUUGGUCAGGACUUCAAGAGCAAGUACAAAGCUCCCACAGACUUCUGCAUGGUGCUGAAGCACCCUCAGAUCCAGAAGAAGUCCCAGUACAUAAAGUACCUGUGCUGCGACGACGUCAGGACCCUCCAACAGUGGAUCAACAGUAUUCGCAUUGCAAAGUACGGGAAGCAGCUUUACAUCAACUUCCAGGAGGCGAUGAGGAGGUCGGAGGCGGCGUACGACUGGUCGUCUCUCUCUUCUUCCUCCAUCAAGUCGGGAUCCAGCUCGUCCAGCCUUCCAGAGUCCCAGUCCAACCACUCCAGCCAAUCGGACAGCGGUGUCUCAGAGAUGACAUCAUCAGGACACACCCGCUCCCAGAGUGUGGUCAGCUCCAUCUUCUCGGAUGCCUGGAGGAGAGGAACUCAAGGAGAGAUGAUGAGGAUCGACCCUAUCAGUAGGCCCGUCCCUGUGCAGAUACCCACCCUCUCCUCCCAGACCCUCCCCCUCUCUCAGCCUCAGACUCCACCCUCACGGAGCAGCUACACCGAUGGUCUUGUUCCAUCCGAGGACUCUUCCCCGUCACCAUCCUCACCUCCUCCACCCGCUAUCACCAGUGCAGCAGCACCUACCUCCUCAUACGUGAAGUACAGCACGCUGGCUCGCCUGCAGAACCAGAACCAACCCAGGCCACAGCAGGCAGGCGGUGCUGCCCCACCCACCCUUCCACUCCCAUCUACCAAAUCAAACUACAACACCCUUCCAGCUUACAGCACCUCCCCUCCAUCUCCCCUCCCACCAUCUCCUCCACCUCCUCCUCCCCCCACAGCACCAGCUCCUGGAUCAGCCAUGGCUGCGCUGAAGUUUGGUCCACCGAGCCCUUCAGCUCUUCCACCACCACCCGCACCAGAAGAGGAGGUAGAAGACUCCUCUUACCUCCCGCCUCCUCCACCAGACAGUGUAGAAACCAAUGGGCUGCCACCUCCCCUGCCUCCUGAGACCAUCCCCAACUCCUGCCCUCAGCUCUGCAACACUGGCCUCCAGCAGUUUCUGGCCCAGAAGUUUCCCAACAUGGUGUACGACUUCAGCCCGGCAUCUGAGGAGAACUCUCCCCCACCUCCUCCAGCCGAACUCUCUCCUCCAGCCUCCCUGCAAGUUCUACGCCCUCUGUCUCCAAACGCACCCCCUCCUGCACCUCCCAAAACUUUCACUGUAGGGUUUCUGCCUCAAACUGCUCCCAAGCCCUCAGGCCCCUCCUCCCUUCCCAUCGCCCUAUCACCUGUGUCUCCAACGCAGCCACAUGUGGGACAUGGACCGGUUAAGAAGCAGCAGAGUUUCUCAACGGGACACUCCCCGAAUCAGCCACCUCCCACUCUGCCAAAGCAGCACAGCUUGUCAUCCAAAAACCUCGCCAUCUCUCCUUCUUCCUCCUCUUCGUCUGUUUCCAUAGCAGCAGCAACCUCCUCUUUGGUCAAACAGAUCGUCAACCAGUUCCCUGGAAACUCCUCCCCUCUGCCUGCCUCCAACUCCACUGCUCCUCAGUCUCCUCCAGCAGUCAAAGCCAAACCAAAGUGGCAGCCGGGAGGCGUCGUGGCUCCACAGUCGCCAGAGUUUCCACCACCUCCUCCUGACACUUCCAUAGGAGAUUUCCCCCCUCCUCCAUCUUCAUCUUCCUCCUCCAAGACUGGUUCCCCCAUUAAGAAGUCACCUUCCACCUCAUCCACAGGAUCCACUAAACGGGGGCCUCCACCAGCCCCACAGAGGGCCUCCUCCAUCCGAGAAACCCAGGAUGAGAGGCCCAAGAAGGUGGAGAGCCUGGUCAGUAAAUUUGGCCAGGCUCCUCAAACGGGAACCUCAUCGAGCUCCUCGUCAGCGACAGGUUCUCCAUCUAAAGACUCUUCUGCACUUCCUGCCCCCCUCCCCAAACCGGGGAAGCUGAACUUGGCCAAUCUGCCUCUGGCGCUGCAGGGGCUGCAAACGGGCCAGCACCAUCAACCGUCUGAGUUCCCAUCCCCUCCUCCCCCGCCUCCCCCCUCCCAGCCUCAUCACCUGGACUCAUCACUUGACUACUUCCCACCUCCUCCCACCGAUUUUGAGCUCUUCCCUCCCCCACCCCACCCCUCAGAGUUCCACCAUCCUCCAAAGGUCGCUGUGGUGAACCCCCAGCCUCAGAUGCAGCCCCCUCUUCAGUCCGCAACCUCCUCCUUGUCGUCAUCGUCAUGGAAACAAGGCUCGCUAAAAAAGGGGGCAGUCCCUCCUCCGACUCUGAACCGGCGGAGCAGCAACACCAUCCAGUACGACAAUGCGAUCUCACCACCACCUCUGUCUCAGACCCCUCCUCCUUCCCUGUCUUCUUACUCUUCUUCAUCCUCCUCCCCCAUCCCCCCCACCUCCCCAAAACUACCAGGGCCGGGAUCUCUGGCGCUCAAGCCUCACUUCCUAGAAGACCUCAACCGCACCCUAAAAAGGAAGUCGGUGUCGCGCCACGGCUCGCUCACCUCCUCCACCCUGAUCUCCUCUACUAAGAUGGAGCCUGCAGGCACCAUGGACGACAUGGCGCUCCUUCCACCUCCGCCGCCCGAGCUCAUGCAGCAGCAGGGUGUCCGAGGACACUCCCAAACUUUGUCCCGCCAUCACACGCACUCCCACUCCACCAAACAUGCCAACAUCUCAGGCUAUGCAACGCUGCGGCGAGGCCCGCCUCCAGCGCCUCCGAAACGGGACCAAAGCACCAAACUGACCAGUGAGUGGUAGGACCCCUGCUGCAGCAUUAGAAGGAACUAAACGGACUAUCGGAUCUCCUUGUUCCUGCAGAGAAUAAUGUCUGUCUCAACUUGUCUAUCUGUCCUCAUCCUCAAACGUCUACCCUUGGAUUCCAAGCAAGUAGCAAGUUUCCUACACUUAAUCUCAGAUUAUGAUUGUUAAUAUUAACCUCAUUAUUACUGUCAUUACCAGUACAUGUUUAAUCCAUCAUGAGUAAAAAAUAUAUAUGUAUAUAUUACGCAAACCAGGAAAGAGGAAAAGAAAAAAAACAAACCCUAUCAAGCUUUUUUUCACAUCUGUGCAGCUUUGCUUUAAAACAUACGUGAGACCUGAUCGACAACAGCAACAGAGACAUUUUGCUGCAAAAUAAGCGGUACUGCAUGGAGCAUGGCAAAGGAAGGAGCGUUGCCAAACAACGGAAGGAAAAGGAGAAGAGGAAGAGCCAUGAUGUGAAUAGAAAUGUAUAUUGUGAACUGAGGGUCAGGGGGAGCGGGGCAAUCCUAGAGGGAGCAUUGCCAUUUAUUUCAGUCUUUUUUGUGUGUUUUUAUAUAAGAUUAUUUAAUACUGAAAAGAUGUUGUUAUAAUUAUUUUAAAUUUUAAGAAGCAUCAGAGGAGAAUGAGUUCGACUGGACGUUGGUGUGUUUUCUAAAAAAUAUCUGGUUUGCCAAACAAGCAGCUUUUGUUUGGAUGAUUUCAUCGUUUUGGGGUUGGUUGUUGGUUGGUUGGUCACUGCUGCCCAACAUUUAAUGCUUAAAUGCUCGUUGAUGGAACAAAUGCUUCAAGUAUAAAAAUCAGCCAGUGAAGCUGCCCUCAAAAUGCCAACAUCUGAAACUCUGAACCGGUUAUAAUGUCUUCCCUCAUAAGAACACCGUUUACACAUCCAUCUGUCCAUCCUUUGGUGUGUUCCAGCUGAACUUGGAAGUCGGAAUUUCUGAGUUAAAAUGAGAAAAAUCAUCAGGAAUGUCCCAGUAAGUUGGGAUUUUCACCUCAAGAAGUCGGAAGAACCUCAUCAGCCUACCUUUUUAGCACUUUCAGUUUUUGUUUUUUAUAUGGGAACUAAACCAUAAUGUGUAUCAACAUGUAUAGUUCAAAACAGCUAGUUAACCGCAAGGGUUGCCUGGCAACCACAACUACAUCUUUUUCCUGAUUCAUUGUACAAGUACAGAAUGUUAAACACUCAAUAAAACAGUAUUAAGCCCUGCAUCAAGCAUUAAAUGUUACUUACUGGACCCUCGAUAGAUCUAGAUAAAGAUCUCUACCUUCAUAUGUAGUGGAAAUAGAUGCUGAUUGGCCUCUUGGCACAGGUCUGGAUUCAAGGCCUGAUUCUUGGAACUGCAGCAACAGUUAAAUAUGUGAAUAGUUGGGUGAGAAUGAAAGGUUGGAACUUCUGCUACCACUCAAACUUUCCACCUCAAGCUACACUAGCAAAGGAAGAGACCCAGAAUUUAAUUUGGCACCUUGAGACAUCAGCCCAUUCCAAGUCAAUAAGGAGCUAGACCAUUGAUCCUGAAUUAUGUAAAUCUGGUCUCAUGGGGGUUUUUGGCCUUGCUAAUUACUGCACAUCUGUAGGUACCCAGCAAUCAUUCUAUAGAAGCCCUUGAGGUUUGGAGUUGGAGGUCCUUGGUCUUUAAUUCAAGGUCUUACUAUUGAUUACGUUCAAAUGAUGAAGAUAGCCAAACUAAAGAGGUCUACAGUAGACAUUAGUAAAAUGACUGGAUAUAUUCCCUCCUGAUAAUAUUCCUAAAUGAAGCAGUCAGCGUGGACAUGACUCAGUUCCCAGGUCAAUGUUCUGACUUCCAAGGCCAGUGGAGCACAGCCGCUGUCCUGUCCAGUGACAUCGGGUUACAGGCCUGGUUUGCCUGGAUAGUUCGACUGUGGCUGAAAUUCCACCUGCAACCAAGUUACCACCUCCACCUGUACCACCUGGAUAGCUGAGUUGGCAGGGUGUGAGAGACCCAAGUCCAAGUCCCACAGGGGACAAAUAUCAACACUAGUUGGGUCCUUAGGGAAGAUCCUUAAUGCUACUGCCUGACCACAGAUGUAAGCUGCUUUAGAGAAAAGCGUCUGCCAAAUGACUGUAGAAUUUAUACUGGCCAAAUAACCUGACAUGAAUGUCUUUAGAUGUGAGAUAAGCCCAAGAAAACAGGUCUAACGGGAAUAUUCCACACAAAUAGUCUCAGCUGAGUUGUAAACCAGUUCAAUCCAGUUUUCCGUCAUGCAUCUUCCAGAUCUGUGUGUUGUUUUAAGUCUGGAGCACAAAUUUAACCAGAACCUCCUUAAAUCUGAGCUCAAUCUUACUGGUUUCAAACUAAUUCCCUGGAAUUCUGUUAGACUCCCGUACACCCUUGUUUAAUCCGACCAUGUGCUGGUAAUUCAGGUCGUAGACUCUUAGCUGCACAACCAAGGAGCUAAUCAGCAGCAUCUUCACCGGUCUCACGAUUCGAUUUGAUUACGAUCAUCUUGUCUUCGAUUCAAUUCAGCGAUACAUAACGAUGUGUUGCAUCAUUAAUUUUCUUCAUCACUGCACAUGGCUACUUUCUUCAUUAAUGAACACAAGUAGUCAGAUAAUCAUGAACUCCCUGUUUAUUUAUGAUUAUUUUAGAAAUCAGUCUGAAUGUCCUGAUGUUGACAAACGACAUGUGAACAACGAUGUUAUUUUCAACUUCGUUUUUAACUUUAUUGUUCCAUUGCUAGAAAAUCUAGAAACAUUACUAUAAUGUGACGUUGUUAUCAAAAUUUCUUGCAGUGAAGCAGUGUGUUUUGUCCCUUCAGUUUUUCCGUAGUCAGUUCAGAAAACAUUUGCCUGUAAGUAUUCUAGUCAAUGUUUAAUUGAGCACAGAGAACAUUGUUGAUGGACAAAGUUGUUUUAAUCUCAUUAGUUCAUCUGCGCAUGCCAUUCGCUAGCUUGCCAAUGGUAUUUUCCAUCGACGUUAGCCUUAAGCUAACUCAUCAUUUUUAUACAUUAUCAUGUGUAAUCUUAAGUGACUUCAUUGAGACAGUUAAUGUAUUUCAAGUGAGAUACCGAUGUAUUUUCUCUAUGUUUACUUAGUUUUACAGUUUUUCUAAGGUUUAAAAACUGAUUCAGCCUCAGAUCUGUGAGCUGUUGCAGCAGCUAGCGGCGGUAUAUUUUAUUUUCUGUUGCUGCUUCGAUGCAGAAUCAUCCAAGACCGCAUCACGAUGCAUCGUAGAAACCAUUUAAUUCAACACUCCAACUAAGCAGCUACAUCAAACCCUGAAAGAAGGUGAUUGUCAGUUUUCUUGUUAAUAAAACCAUCACGUGUUUGUUAUUGUAAUGCUGAUCAAUCUCUUUGUUAGCUAGUUUUUAAGGUUGUGUGUCCACUUAGUAUCUGUAGUGACCAAAGUACUCCAAUGGAUGCUGCAGGAACAAGUGCCUGAAAAACAAACUGCUCCAACAUCAGACCUGGACUAUUUCAGUUUAACAUCUAUAACCCACCAUCAUCUUCCUCAGACACUGCAGCCAAAAAAUCCUAAUGAGGAGUAGAUAACAGGUCAGAGUAAAUACCGCUCAUUAGUCCUUAAUCUCUCAUUAAGUUUAUACAUCUUCCUCUCAAACAGCUUUAUGGUUUAUAUUCAAAGAGGUUGAAGUUUCAUUAAAGACUGAACAAGGCUAACGGACAUGGUCGUUAUUGGUUAACUGCCUGAGAAAUACAAUCAAAACUUGGUACUACAGACCUGUGUAACCUGCUCUGAGAUGAUUUGUCAUGAGCUGACGCUAUAUAAAUAAAUAUAGUUUCCAUCUUAAUGUGUGUGUGACCUAGAAAAACUAUCUACACACUCUCAUUGGGUAGCAGCUUCUACCUCCACCCUUGUCGACACCCUGCUUUAUUCUCCAUUUCUGAUUAUGUGGCUUUAAGGUGCAUUUAAGGAUAUCAUGUAAAUUCAAAAGAUCCACACUUAAAUUGUUUUCACUGUUUAAAACAGUAAAAGGUCUUAUUACUCCAUCUACCAUCUUUCCUAAAUUCAAUUCAAUUUAGCUUUAUUUGUAUUGCACUAAUUCACAAGGAAGUCAUCUCAAGGCACUCAAGCUAUAGUCCAAUUCAAUCCAAUUCAUCAUAGUCCAAUUAUAACCCAGUUAAACAAAUCUAUUAUGUGAUUCACAUUAGUCCAAUUUGUACUUGAACUUUGUUCAUAUAAACAAAUUAAUAAAAAAUAAUGACCUAGCUAAGGAAACCAACAGAUUCCAUCAAAUCUCCUCUUUAACUCAACCCUCCAUCCUGAGCUUCAUAAGGAGACAUUGGAAAGGAAAAUAUCCAAAACCAAAGCCAAGGCAGGUGGCCAUCUGCCUGGACAUGAGGGGGGGCAGGAGAAACCUGAUUAAAACUGACCGAUAUAAUCAGAUUUCAUGGAGAAGUAAAGCUGGGUAUCAUCUGCAUAGAAAUAAAGUUGAAUGCCAUAUUGUCUAGUUAUAUUGCCUAAAGGAAGCAUGUGCAUAGUAAAAAGUAUUGGUCCAAAUAUAGAACCCUGAGGAACUCUAUGACUUACUCUGGUGUGGUAGGAAGGCUCAUCAUUUACAUGAACUGGAAUGUAUCAGAUAAAUAAGACCUGAACCAGCCUAAUGUGGUUUCUCUAAUCCUAAUAACAAGUUCAAGCCUGUGUAACAGAAUGUUGUGGUUGAUGGUAUCAAGGUAAAUGCAGCGCUGAGAUUCAACUAGACCCGUAGAGACAGAAGUCCAUUACCUAAAUUUAAUUAAAACUCAGGUCAAAUCCUGUCUGACCCUGUUUACACCAGCAAAAAGCACAACAACAACAAUGGGGGUUCUCUGUGUUCUGUUUGUGCUGUUGAAUCUUUUAAAGUUUUUGUUUCCUAAGGCAAAAUCUGCUUUUUUUGUACAUUAUUUAUGCACAGGACACAAAUGAUAUGCACUAGAAACCACUGCACCUCAUUACAAGAAGUUAUUAUGUCUUCAGGUCUGAUGAGGAUGUAGUGCACACAUAGCGUGCAAAGAUUCACUGCCUACUACAGGCCUGGCAUGCACAUUGUUUUGAGUCCUCUUUGCGUUUCCGUCUGGAUGGAGGUUUUCUUCACAACGUUGUUACGUAAAUGUAAAAUUAUUUUUUCCCCAAUAUGCAAUAGUUUUGCAUGGAAAUGUCAUAUAAUCAGGGCCAUAAUCAAUGGAAAAAUCCUUUAAUUUUGGUUGGAAUGGGGUCUGAAAUGCAAGUUGAUGGUUUAGUUUGUGCUAUUUUUUUUAUUAGCUCAGAGAUCUCAACAGGGCAGAAAGAGUCCAAACAUAAAUCCAGCUCUACUGAUGUCUGUAAAGAUGCUGCAUUUAAAAUGAAUACAUUUAUAAUUCCUUUUUCCUUCAUUCACACGUUACAGAUAAAGCAGAGUCCUGAACUCCCUUAAGCACCCAAGUCAGUCUGUCUCAACCCACAGUAAUACCCCUCCCUAGAAACUGCCUCAUACCAGUUAAUCCUGUCUGGGCCGAAAGAAAAACAGGCAGCUCCAACUCUCUUAACAACAAUCUUAGUAACUUCCAGCCUCCUAACUGUAAAUAAUUAGAAAAAUCCCAAAAGUGAAAAGUAUGAGCUCAGAAAGUGGUGCCAGAAGCAGUUUGAAACUUUAAAAGUUGUAAAGAAAGAAACUUUUAAUACAACCUGAACUGCUCUGCAGGACCGGCUCUGGUCUCUGUUAGUUAGACAGUUGUCAGCUGGACGAUCCCAGUCAGUCAAGUUAGGCUGCUGCUCCAUCCAAACAUCCUUCAAACAGACAAUUAUUUCCAGAUCUGCUCAUUCAUGCUUUUAUUUUUACAGUUUUUUCCUAAAUCACACAUUCUUGUUUCUACUUCCUGUUUCUAUCCUUGAAAAUAAAAUUCUCUGCAGUGUCACCAACAGAGCAACAACGGCAACACCAAAAAACUUAAACCACUGCUCCGGUUUUAAUUUGAAAUGUCUGUUUAUGAAUUUGUCUGAUUUAUUUUCAACAUUUAAACAUCUAAAUCUGUUCUAAAUGCCCGAGGAUCCACCUGAUGGAAGUACUUCCACUGCCUGCAGGAUUUUAGUGCUCCACCCACUUCAUGGUGCGUUUCAGUGAUGCUCAAGAACAUCUAACAGGUUGAAACUUAUCAAUGUCUUGAAAUGUCUUGCUCAAGGACACCCGGCAGCACUCAUGGCUGUUACUGGUGUCAGAGCUGCUGUUGCAUUCAGAAUAAAUGAGUUCAAAUC